CUCUCUUCUGGACAAUGCAGUGGUACAGACGUCCAUGCCUCAGAAUGAAGCCGAAUUACAGCUGUACCGAGUUAUGCAACGCGCCUCACUGCUCACCUACUAUGAUACGCUUUUGGAAAUGGGUGGUGACGAUGUACAGCAGCUCUGCGAUGCUGGUGAAGAAGAAUUUUUAGAAAUAAUGGCAUUGGUCGGUAUGGCCAGUAAACCUCUGCACGUACGCCGCUUGCAAAAAGCUCUUCAGGAAUGGCUGACCAAUCCCGCAAUGUUUCAGGCGCCUGUAAUGAUGCCACCCACAGUCGGCACGACCUCUUCUAAUGCGAAGUCCUCCGGCUCCUCAGCUUUCCCAUGUAUUGGCAGCUACAGCCCUAAUACGCGACAACAAAUUCAGGCCACGGCGACUUCAGUAUCUAAUCUAAGCUCAAGCGCCCCGACCGCGGCGCUAAGUUCGAUCGUCACUCAGGGUACGGUCACUAAGCAGCUUCACGUACCUCCGGUAAUUGGUAUCGGUUCAACCGGAUCGGUGGCUCAACCUGCUGCUUCCCAGCUCCUUAGUCAGUUUCAGACAACAUCGAACUGCUGUUCCGUCCAACGACGUAAGAGCCCUAGUCCUCCAGCCAUCACUCCGUCCUAUCAAAUACCGAAUGAGGCGCUAGCUUCAAACCUUCCGCAUAGCCCUGGAGUUACGCAAGUCGGUAACUACGAAUCAAGUUCUUGUGGUAGUCAAGGGACAACUCCAAGUCCCGGAAGUAACUCCACUCUUGCAAUCGCACCUUCCAGCCCAACUACAAGCCUCCAGCCCUCGCCCGUGCUUCUAGAACCACAGGUUCAGCGCCUGGCAGACGCUGCGGAAAGACUUGCAGCAACACUCAGACCCCUUAAUCCUAAGCCACAAAGUGGUAUUAAGAAGAAAAUAUGCAAAAAUCUUGAAAUGGUGAUGGCGAUGUCGGACAACGAUCCUCGUAGGAUGGAAGAAAUCCGGAAGUAUGCCGCCAUUUAUGGGCGCUUCGAUUGCAAGAGGAAGCCGGAGAAGCCCCUUACACUUCACGAAGUAUCGGUAAACGAAGCUGCGGCCCAAAUUUGUCGCUUCGUACCAGCAUUAUUAACCAGAAGGGACGAACUUUUUCCCUUGGCAAGGCGCGUAGUGCGCGACUCAGGUCAUCAUUAUACUAAGAGUUUGCUGCACUCAACGUUGAACGCGUCACCCCGAAUGAUGUCAUCAAGGGAGAAUGGGGACAGCGAACUGUCUGGUGGUGAUGAGACUUCGACAACAACGUCGGACAUAGCCAAGCGGCGUAAGCUUGAUAUGCGUUGCGAGGACGAGACCAUGAGGGACGCAGGAAAUAAUGUAGAGGUGAACCAGCAGCAGGCGGAAGCUACACGAUUGAGGUACACCAAUUAUAAUCGUGGUAUAAUAGGUAUAGACUCUGAUAGCAAUUCAAUACAAGUGCAUCAGAAUCGACACCGAAAGCGUCAGCGACGACGCCGACCAUCCAAAAUCAAUCAUAAAUCUAUGUCAAGUCCCAUUUGGAAUUCCUGUAGUGAUAAUAGUCACAUAGUACUCGACGGGAUCGUCGAGGAACUUGAAGAUUCGGAUGGCUGUUAUUCUUCUUUUGAUGAAGACUGGGAUGACUGCAACGACGACGAAUGCGAUAAUUUCGGUGUCGACACAGACGACGGUCAAGGCAACGAUUGCGACGACGACACAUCAACCCCUGGAUCAUUAGUUCAUUGCAACCAUUGUAUCUGGAUAUUAAAUUAUUUUAUUUAUUAUAUGCAGAGUACGCAGAGUAGAAUUGUUAUUGAAGAAGACGAAUCCUGCACGAUAGAUAAAGAAAAUGACUUUAAUUUGAAGGUUAUUGCCUCUUGUGGAGAUAAUAUCAUAGCAGUUGCUAAUCCUGCUUUGAUGAAUCGUAAUCAACCAAAUGCAAUCACAAAAGAACAACCAAUCAAAGAAGAAAUUCCACUGCGCGAUAGAAGAGACUGAACUAAAUGGUUUUAGCUUUUACAAUCUGAGCUUUAUUUGAGAAUUAUAAGCUUUAUUCUUUAAAGUAUAAACAUUUUAUUAUAUACCUGCGAUU